AUGUCCGCCAUUCGAGGCAUCAUUGUUUCCAUCUCGAUCAUCACAGCGUUGAGCGUUGCUGUGCUCGAAAACCCACAGAUCCAGAUCUGGCUUGAGGAGCAGAGAAGGAAGAUUCAAGAACUGCUUCGCUCGAUUGGGGAAGAGCUAGAUCCACAAUCCAGACGAGCAGCGGAAGCCUUUGCAUAUGAAGGACAGUCUGUCGCCAACGAUGCAGGCAUCCGGCGGGAGGCGGCGGCUAGCCAGCACGCUGCCGCAAUAGCAACUGGUAGAAAUCUCGAAGGUGGCAACACAAUAUACAGAAUCCCAGUGAGGGGCCCGAUAGAUCCGGACGAGGCCGAAGAGAGGCGACGCAAAGGACGGGAGUAUCUGGCGCAGCGCAACCGUGAGAUGGAACAGAGACGGUCGAAGGUGGCGACUGCAGAGAAAGCGGAGGAACAAUCGCAAUCGCCGACAUUCGAUGCCUUUGUUGACGAAGAGGGAAACCUGAAGAGUGAUGAGCUUCAACUACCAUCGCCGCCCACAAACGAGCCCAUAAGUGCGGAGACCGCAGCGGAAAUGCAGGAAGUGGAAAAGAACCUCGCACAACCAAUGCUUGCUGCAGGAGAGUCCAGUACGAGUAGCGCGUGGGACAUGGGGUCUCGUUUCGCGAAUCCGUUUGGAGACGAGUUUGCUUUGGAGCGCAGCAUCACCCCUACACAACCACCUCUACCACCAAAAUUCGCUCUGGAGCGCACGGGAUCGUUUCCCGAUGAUCCCGAGACAUCGGUUCCUGGAAGCUGGACAACAACGAACCUACGUUCAGAGCAGCAAAAUGAAGUCCACGACCCUCUGAGCUACGAAGAGCAACUCGCGAUCGCCAUGUCUCUGUCUGAACAAGAAAGCUCUUCUACCAAAACUGGGACAACCCGCCAGAGUCCACACGAGCAGGAAGAAGCUGAGUUGGCGGCUGCGAUCGAAGCCAGCUUGCGCGAUAUGAAUGUCCACGAACCAACUUCCGACAGCACGCUUGUGGAUCUGAGCCCUUCCACUCCAGUCGCGGCACCCCGUCAGAGCAUCUUCGAGACACUGCUUAGAUCACAGUCGCCUUUAAGAGAGCAGCAGCCACAGUCACCCUCCACUUCUUCAGAAUUAGAGGAUCUCUACGGCGUUACCCCCGAGUUGACCAAAGCGCGGCUCGCCAACUUCAACGCCUUGCAAGGAGCAUCCAGCCAUCUGCCAUUUGACCCAGUACGGGAUGCCGCGCGUACGGCCGAGCCUCAGCACGCUAGCUUCCACUCCGCCUUCGAAGUCACCCCCGCGCCUACACUCGAACAUCAAAUGCAAGAAGCUGGCUCAGCCGCAAAAACACCGACAACCCACGCCCAUUCAUCUUUCGGAUCAUCAAGUGAUGAUUCGGAUGACUUUCAGGCUGUUGCUCCCCCUUCCACUGCCUCUCGAGCACAAUCUCCAUCAAGGAGCGAGGUUUCCGGUGUUGGGAUUGUAGAAUUGCUGGACGACAGCGACAUAGAUAUGCUCUCUGAGGAAGGCGAUGGUAUCGUGACGCCUGAUAGCUGGUCCGAGGUUGGGUCGCGGGAGGCCGAUAGCGAGGUAGAGGACAACGGCGCGCAAAGGCCUGCGUCAAUGGGACUGUAA